AUGGCGUUCUCCUCUCCUUUGUCGCCAGCCCUUGGGGACGAAGCCACCGGUCUUACACGCGAAGAAUACAAGAUCAAAUCCUUGGACGGCACCGAAGUGUCUCUGUGGAGAAUUGCUACUCGUAGCGCAGCUGCCACUGAGGAUCCGAAGCCAGCCCUGAUAUACGUCUCUAGUGGUCCUGGCCCGCUAUUUCCCGAAGCCAUAAGCGUCGGCACCGUCAACCUCGACAUUCUCAACCGCGCACUCAUCGAUAAGCUCGGACCAAAGCCAUUGCACGACGCGGGGAUCGUCCUCUUGUCAGUAACGCACCGUUCUGGGCAGGGGUCGCCAUUCUCGAGCCCGGUUGCGGACGUGUAUGCGGCCUACGAAUAUGCACUCACUCAUGGCGACGACCUCCGCAUCCAGCCUCACAACAUUGCCAUGGUUGGUCUGUACGCCAGCGGCCAGUUCGUGUGGUCGGCUACCCACAUUGCUAUAGACCUCGGCUUGCCUGCCCCUUGCGGUGUCAUGGUCAUCGACCCAGUCUUUGAUCCGAAGGCGAACUGGGAGACGAAAGAGGGGUUUGAGCCACAGUCGUUUCCUCGCUUCGACGAACAGCGUGAGCAGAUUGUCCGCCGCGGGCAGAAGGAAGGCUGGGAUGUUGUCUUGCGUCGGGUCGACUUCACCUGGUUUCCCGCCAUUGUUCGAAAGUACAUAGGACUGUUGCAGCUGUCACGCGAGGAUCUUAGUCGACUACCCCCCAUGUUCCUGGACGUCGGAUUUCAUAGCCCCCCCAAGGCAGAGGUGCAUAAGGCGCGCGAGAUGUUGGCCAAAGCUAACGUCGAAGUGUUUGGAUAUGAGUAUCUGCAGAUGAAGUCCGAGCACGGUCUCUCGCCGAUCUUCAACAGAACCAAGAACGGUCGGCGCGAGAUGGUGGAGAAGAUGCGGCAGGAUCAGCGCCAGUUCUUCGAGAAGGUCUGGCAGAAUUGA